GGUAGAUCCUAAGACUCGCUUGCGUGAUCAGUGAUUCACUCGUUGUAAUAUUACUUGGACGGAAAAACCUCAUAUUUUUGUUAACAAAACAAAGAAAAUUCCAGUUAAGAGUUGGUGGAAAUACAGACCACGGUGAUUUAAAUAGCAGGAUUUAUUACGAGCUUAUCAGACGCUUCUAACUCAGUUCACGAUUGACAUUCGAACGAAAAAUAUUUUUGAGGUCUACUUAUUGCUCUUCAACGAACAAAUCAUCAGCAAAAAAUAUCAGAAAAAAAGCAUCGGCAAAAAACAUCAGCAAAAAUGUACAGCAAAACUCACAUUCUCCUUUUUUGCUUAUGUCUGAUGAUAAUCGUGACAACAGGACAGCUUUCUAGUAAACCUGGAUUCUGUCCUCUAAAGAAUACCAUCGACAAAUGCACACCUAGAUGCGUUAGCGACUAUCAAUGCUCAAGUAAUCAAAAAUGUUGUCCUAACAAAUGUGGCUCUACAUCUUGUACCUCAUCGAAUGCCGUUAACACUGGUAAUGGUUACAAAGGCUCGCCAAACAGUGGAGCCGUUAUAUGUGCUGGUGUAACAUGUAGAGCUCAAGAAAAAUGUCAAUUCGAUCGUAACACUAAACGAGAAAAAUGUGUCCGAGGUUGAGAGAAUUUUCAUAAAAAAUUAUUUCUUACUAAAACAUAUGUAUUUAUGUAACCCAACAAUCAUGAUAACCCUUAGAUUUAAUUUAAUUCUGCAUUUAGUAUAUUUUACAUAUAUAAAAACGUAUGUACGAUAAUUUGUAGAAUUAAAAAUUAAUUAAG